UUUAUGCUGAACUUCGCUGGCCAACAGUAACUAAAAAUGGCAUUCACAGGGAGGGCUUAAAAUCCUAGUCAUCUCAUUACAUAUGGACCCGGGUUUGUACAGUGACUGCAUGAGUAUCGCGUCGCGAGGAUGUGGGCAGAGUUUGGCGGGCGGCGCGAGAGCACCUGAGCUGCUGCUGCAGGGGUUUCCAUAGCGAGCGCAUUCACUCUCUCUCACUCACUUCAGCGGGAACACCGCAGACUUCCUGGAGCGGGAUAAUGCGUGCAGUCCGCUCGCAUUUACGCCACAGAACCGGCUGAAGGGAUGUAGGCGGAGCGCGGACGCGAGCUAUAAAGGCAUGUGAUGGGAGGUCUCAUUCCUGUCCCGGGUCGACCCUUAUCAUUUCCUGUCACCUCCACCCGGUCAUGAGUGCCUUGAGGAGAACAGCUGUUGAGAAGAACCUCACCUGGACCACACACUCCAGCCAACUCCCAGCAUCCCAGUAUGACGUCUGAUCCACAGCAGGAUGCUGCAGCGAAGUUGGAACAGGAGCGAGCUGAGAUAAUCGCCAAAUAUGACAAGGGUAAAGAAAGUGCAGAGGUGGCGCCUUGGGAGGAGACCAAUUUUGAUCUGUAUAAAGUGGUGGACCGCUUCGGAUUCCUGCAUGAGGAUGAGCUUCCAGCGUAUGACAUAGUGGAGGAAAAGCAAAAACAUCUGGAAGUGGAGAGAACGGCAAAAUGGCUGAAAAUGUUGAAGAGCUGGGAGAAAUACAAGAACAGUGACAAGCUGGCAAGGAGGAUCUAUAAGGGAAUUCCACUGCAGUUUAGAGGUCAGGUUUGGUGUUUGCUGCUCGACAUCCCCAAAAUCAAGGAAGAGAAAAAGGACUUCUAUGAGAAACUGAAGAUCAGAGCCAGGGUUUUGUCUCCAGAUGUCCGUCAGAUUGAUCUGGAUGUGAAUCGUACAUACAGAGAUCACAUCAUGUUCAUGCACCGCUAUGAUGUCAAACAGCAGGAUCUGUUUCAUGUGCUCACAGCAUAUUCUGUAUAUAACACAGAAGUGGGCUAUUGUCAGGGCAUGAGUCAGAUCACUGCUCUGUUACUCAUCUAUAUGAAUGAGGAAGAUGCUUUCUGGGCACUGGUCAAACUGCUGUCUGGACAGAAACACGCCAUGCAUGGUUUCUUUGUUCCAGGGUUCCCUAAACUCAUGCGCUUCCAGGAGCAUCAUGACCGCAUCCUGCAGAAGAUGAUGCCUAAGCUCAAGCAACAUCUAGAUAAUCAAGAGGUGUACACCAGCCUGUACACUUUGAAAUGGUUUUUUCAGUGUUUCUUGGAUCGGACUCCAUUCACGCUCACGCUGAGAAUAUGGGAUAUUUAUAUUCUGGAAGGAGAGCGAGUUCUGACUGCGAUGUCUUACACCAUCCUCAAGCUCCACAAAAAAAUCCUCUUGAAGUUGUCCAUGGAGGAGCUGGUGAAGUUUCUGCAGGUGACUUUGUCAAAGGAUUUCUUUUUAGAGGAUGACAUAGUGAUCGAGCAGCUUCAACACUCCAUGUCUGAGCUCAGACGAGCUAAACUGGAGCUGCCACCUCCAGGUAACGAGGAUGAGUUUCCUAAAAAACCAUUAGGUCAGCUUCCUCCUGAGCCUCCAGGAUUGGCAGCAGCACCAACAAAUCAUAUGGCUAACGGGCAACUGGUCGGGAAGACAGUUGAGGGCCUUCCCCUUCGUGUUUCAAGCCCUGCCGCAAGCAUCAGUAAAGUCACUGAUGGAACACCAGAGAGGUACCAGGAAAGUCGGCCACCCAGCUCAAUGGACAAGGUCCCUCAUCCAGACAAGAGUGAGAGGGAUCGACGAGGUGUGGACACUCAAAAGGAACGAGUCCCAACCCACAUCCCCAACAGCAGCGCAACAGGUAGUGGGAAGGCGCUGACCCAGAACCAGGCGAAUCACAACUCCAAUGUUAGAUCCAGCAUGCGUAGGGACAUUGGACCUCGUUGGGUCAAGCCUUCAGAGGACAAACUGGAAGCAGUCAAGGCUGCAGCACGGGAAAGCCAGUCGAGUCUAACUAUGGGUGUUCCACCCUCGCCCAGCUCCCGAACUCCAGAAGAGGCCACCGGGGCACAGGGCAGACCCCGUUCACGAGCGUUUGUUCCAGGCUCCAACCGUGGCUCCAACGCCUCGCAAUACGACAAUGUCCCAGGACCAGAUGGAGAGGUUAUAGAGAUUAUAGAGCUUGAGAAACCGCCCUCUCGCCCCCCUUCCCGACCUUACGUUGGGCCUUCAUUGAGACAGGGCAGUCCCACCCGUCUCCCCAGUGAUGGAACUGGCUUCUCUCCCUUUAGAAUGCCCAAACAGAGCAUGAUCCAGUCCAAAACAGAACCCCGAGGACCUCUGCACUACCCACCUGGCAUGACACCUGUCAACACUCAAUACAUUUCUGAUUCUUGGUCUGAGGACAGACUAUACGGACAGCAGUACUCCGAGCAAGUUUAUGCAACUACAGGACGUGGCUCAUCUAACCCUUCGCCGGAGAAAACACUGAUGAACAACAGCUACUUAACCUAUCAACGGCAACCCCCAAACAUGCCCCCUCUCAGGGUUGCUCCUGCUGAGCUUUCGUCCCAGAUAGACAGUGUUGGCGAGGGCGGGUAUUACAUUCGACAGCCCACCCGACUGCAGGGCUCUACUGCUUACACGUCCACAGAACUGCGUUAUGAGGCACACAGACGAAAAGAGGGCUGGUAUGGGGACAUGGAGGCGGGGCCUCCACGAUCUCCUGUGGGACUAUCUCGAUCUCCCAGCUUCCAGAAAGCUCAGCUGUCUCCCAUUCACCCCAUUCAGGAGUUUAACUUUGCACCUGCAAAUAUCUCGGACGCUGUGCUCCAUUUCAGAGGACCCUACCAAGAGCACUCGAGCAGGCAACAGCUCCCCCCACUGUUUGGUGGAACACACUACAGGCAGGCGCAGGAGGCCUUUGCAAUGCAGGAGUCUAUGCUGCUCUGAGAGGGACAGACAGGGACCAAGAUAGAGGGAUACACUGUACGAGUGAUGGCUAGCAAGCAGUUUUGAGUUGGUUUAAUGUUUUUUUGCAUUCUGUUCUGUUUUCUUGUUCGUUCAUUUGUCUGGCAAGUCUUACCACAUAAUAGACUGACUAAAGAAAUUUACUUUUGUUUUGUUUGUACAUUUUUGUCCGUAAAAUAACCAUUAACUGCCGAUGUGAGUUAUAUAACAAAGCUUAAACGUGCAAAGAGAUUUCUUUUUGUUUGUUUCUUUGGUUAGCACACUGAGAUAUUUAAAUAGAGGGUUAUGGAGAGUCUUUUUCAUGUGGACAACCUCAGUUAUCGAUCAAUCAUCUAUAUUUUUAUGCAUUUUUCAGACAUAAACAUACUUUAGAGAACACUUUAUUCCUUGAUUGUGAAUAUAUAUUUUUAAGAACAAAGAUUUGUGUAAGUUGGAUAUGUAUAUUAUAAACAACUGUAACAGUGAACAUAAUUGCUGUCUGACAGAACAUUUCAAUGCGUCACUACAGUGUUCAAGGGAAAGUAAGAACCUUGUUUUGUAAGGCUUGUGUUUUUAGGUUGUAUAUAAAAAUGCAGAUAUUUAAUCUUAAAUUGAAAGGGAAUUUUAGGGGGUAUGUACAUUCUCAAAAUCUGUUGCACUGACCAGCAAGUACAGUAGAUGUUAUAUUUUUAGUUCAUCAAGGUAACAGAUCAAUAACUGAUGAGACCAACUGAUGGCAGAUCUUGAAUUAAAAUUAUAAAAGCUGCCUUGGAUGUGACCAGCAAAACAUGGCAAUCGUGUUAAUAUCAUGAGCAGAGAAGUCUGUAACAAAGGGUGAAAUUAAGUGGCCCAUUUUACCCAAGUCAUCCGAAAAAAAUGCCCUGUCUGUGAUGCCAGUGUAAGUUAUGCAAGUAGUUACUGAAUCACAAAUCUGUUCAGUCAUUCAAUAAUAUGGCUGGUAGUUUGUAGCAUGCAGUUAAGAUGGUUGUACCUUUCUUCUACUUUAGCUUUUAUACAACAGAUUAUUAAAUUCAAAUUUCACAAAAAGCACAGGUUUUAUAGAUUAUAACAAAAUCAAGCUGUACAAAUUUUUCCAAUCCGUAUUCCAGUCCACUCUGUCCAACUAACUCUUUUUUUGUUUUUGUGUGAAUACUUUUAAUUUUAUUUAAUUUAAUUUCACUUUAUUUUAGAUCAGUACUAUAGUAAUGAACCAAGACAACAUAAGUAAAUUAGCAGAAGUGCACAGAUGUUCUGCAAACCUUAUGAUGAUGUAUUAAAGUGAGCUUUUUAUUUAUUUUCUAUUUGAUUUUAUCAUCCAUUUGCAUGAAGUCGUUAACGGCUUUAUUUCCUCCAAUCACAUGGACAUUGGGUGGACCUGUGUUUCUCAUCUUACUUGAUGUUAUUCACUAAACAAUACUUUCCAUGUACCUUGACUUAUACCUUAUCGGCCAACUUGACUUGAAUUUAUGGCAGGCCAACUCUACCAGCUUAUUUCACACAUUCAUUUAUACACACCAGUUAGGUUUGCUACUAAAUAAGUAGCAAAUUGAUCAUUUCAUAAUACACCCUAAUGACCGGUCCAAACAUUUACAUUUAUUCAUUUGGCAGACGCUUUCAGUUUUGUUUUCAGUUGUUUCUUGAAGAUUGUGAGGGAUUUGGCUUAGGUCGUUCCACCAACAGGGUACGGUUAAAGAAAACGUCCUAGAGAGUUAUAAAUAACUUCCUGCGAUGAGACCUCGAGCAGCCACUCAUUUACCCAUCGCAGGUUUCUGGAGGUGAUGUAGACAAGUAGGAGAGAGUGGAGGUAAAAAGGUGCAGAGCACGUGGAUGUUCUCUGGGCAAGCACCAAUGACUUGAACUUGAUGCAAACCACGACUGGAAGCCAGUGCAGAGAGAUAAGCGUUGUGAUUCUUUUGGGCUUUUGAAGAAAAAAAAGACGUGCUGCUACAUUUUUUAUCAUUUGAAGAGGUCUGAUUGCGGAUGUUGGAAGUCCAGCCAGAAGAGCAUUACAAAAGUCCAGCCUAGACAUUACAGGGGGCCAGGACGAGAAGCUGUGUUGCAUGCUCUGUUAGGAAGGGUCUGAUCUUCCUGAUCUUGUGUAAUGCGGACUUGCAUGAUCAUGCUGUUUUUUCAAUAUGGACUUGUAAACCGAAGAUUCCGGUCUGGCAGGGAUUGUAGGUGGAGGGAGUUAAUGUAUAGUGCUCUCUUCCACCCUCAAUACCACGACUGAGGUGAAACCCUUAGCAAGGCAUCAAACCCCCAUCUGCUCCCUGGGUGGUGCAGCUAAAUGGAUGGGAUUAUCGUUGAGGAGCUUAUUUGGGUGGUAAACUGGUGCUGUAAUGAAUGGGUGGCUGGGAAAAUGAGAAGGUCUGUCUUUGCCAGGUUAAGCUCCAGAUGAUGUUCUUUCAUCCAUGCUGAGAUGUCCAGUCAGUCUAAAAUCUGAGUAGGUACCGUUGGAUAAUCUGAUUGAAAUGAGAGGUAGAGCUGUGUGUCAUUAGCAUAGCAAUGGUAGGUAAAUCCAUGUGCCUGAAUGAUGGGUCCCAGAGAUCUAGUAGAGAAGAGGAGGGGCCCAAGAACUGAUCCUUGAGGAACCCCAUUGAACAGUUGAUGUUAUUUGGAUACCUUUCAUCCCCAAGUCAUUAUGAAGGACCUACCUUUGGAAAUGAAGUUCCAGUGAUGCCCAGGAUGGAGUGGGUGGACACAAGGAUUUGAUGAUUAAAAAUGUAAAAUGGAGCAGAAAGAUCUAGCACAAUGAGAACAUGAAAAUUUGGACUCUGCUCUUGCAUCUCUCAAGCAAGGCGGUUUCAGUCAAAUGGUCACCUUUAAAUCCAGAUAGGUUAUUGUUCUGUAAGAGGAAGAAAGAUACUUGGUUGAACACAACGUUUUCAAGUGAUUUGCUAUGAACAGGAGAAGAGAAUAUGCCUGUAUCUUAAAAAAAUUCAGGUGUCUAGUGCAGGUUUUUCAAGUUGUAUGGUUACCUGAGACUGCUUGAAUAAUAUUGGAAAAAUACCUGUUAGAAAAUAUGUGUUGAUGAUGUGCGAGUACAUCCAGAAGUCCAGGGGAAAUAGCAUGUAGGAGAUGUGAGGAGAUUGGGACUAGAGGACAGGUGUUAGGGUGACUGGAGAGGACAAGUUUAGAGACUUCUUCUGUGAGAGGAGAGGAGGAGGAGAGAAUAUGGUCAGCUGUGUGAGUGUUUUCUGUUAAGUGUGUGAGUGGAGUUGAGAACUGACUGCUGAUGGACGGGAUAUUGUUUUGAGGACUGAUUAGCAAAUUUGUCAGCAGUUAAAGUGGUGGUGGGAAGUGGCGGAUCUUGUUACGGAACUUUGGUGGAAAAUUAACAUAGCAGUGACUGAUACCUGCUAAAAUCAGCAGAAUUUUUUAUUUGCGCCAUUUUCUCUUUGCUGCUCUGAGUUUCAAGACCUCGGUUAACCAGGGGUUCAAGGGAGUAGCACGUGCUGGUCUGGAGGAAAUAGGACAAAUAGUGUCUAAGCAACCAGCUAGGGUAGAAAAAUAACUGAUCUGUGGCACAAAUGAGAAAUGUGUGGGGGUGGGAAGAGAGGAUGAUACCACAGAGGAGAGUCAAGAUGGAAAUUUCAUCGAAACGAAACUGGAAGAGGGCUUGGUGGUGCGGAAGAAUGUAGAUGUAUAUUAAAAGUAAUGAUGAAAUGAUCUGAGACCAUUUGUGAUACAAUUGCAUGUAAAGAUGAGGUCGAGUUGGUUACCUGAUUUAUGGGUACCAGUGGUGUUUAACCGCUGAAGGUCAAAAGAGGAUAGGAGAGAGAGGAAGUCAGAAGCAUGUGGCUUCUCAAGGCGGAUGUUGAAGUCACUAUAUAGUACCAGAGGUCUGCCAUCCUCAGGGAAUGUGGACAAACAGCUUUCAGAAUGCUCCAUGCAGCACACAGUCCUUAAUGUAUCCCUUGGUGAUCUUGUCUGCUAGAAUCAUACAAAUGCUAAAAAAAAAAAAAAAAAAAAAAAUUUUUCCCAUGUCUUGUACAUGAACAAGCAAGCUGAUUUAACCCUGCCUUAGCGCCAAAUUGUUUCCUUCUUCCAGGCUUGCCAUUGCAGUUUAAUAAUCUGGUUUAAUACACUCCAUUUUGACAUAGCAUUCCAUUUCAGAAUGUUUAAUUAAAUAUUUCCUUGGUAAACUACAAAAUACAACUUAAUUUUCAGAAUUCCCCUUCUCUAAUAAAACAACAUGAAGUGAUUAAAAAAAAAAAUGUGGCUUUCAUUUUGUUUGUGUUUGUGACACUAAGAAAUAUGACAUUGUGAUUUAAACUUGUUUGAUAAAUGUAAUGCCUGAGAUGUCAUGCAAUUCUAAAGACUGGAAAAUAUCUGGAUGCAUGUUCUUCUUCCAACCACCAGAUGUCUCCUCCUGCAUAAAUACAUUGUGCAAUUUGAUACCAGAGAUCUAUUUCAAACUUAACAAUUCAUGAAGAUGAAGGUCAGGGUGGUGCAGGACUUUACUCGGUAUAAAAGUUUCAUCUUCAUUAUGACUUUAUUUUUCACUUUAAUUUAAUUGUAAUGUCCUUGAACAAAUGCAGACAAUAAAGUGCAGGCCCAGAAUGCAAA